AUGGCGAGUUCCAACAUCCGAUAUGGAGAGGGAGUCAGUCGGGAGAUCGGCAUGGACCUGCAGAACCUUGGAGCCCGGAACGUCUGUCUGAUGACGGACAUGAACUUGUCCCGCCUCCCUCCGGUGAAGGCCGUGCUGGAGUCGCUGGUGAAGAACGGAGUCAAAUACAAAGUGUACGACAACGUGCGCGUGGAGCCGACCGACACCAGUUUUAAAGAUGCCAUCUCGUUUGCAAAAAACGACUCAUUCGACGUGUUUGUGGCAGUGGGCGGGGGCUCUGUGAUUGACACCUGUAAAGCAGCCAACCUGUACUCAAGUCACCCCGACGCCGACUUCCUGGACUUCGUCAAUGCUCCGAUCGGUAAAGGGAAGCCGAUCACCGGCGCCCUGAAGCCGCUCAUCGCAGUUCCUACGACCGCCGGCACCGGCAGUGAGACGACUGGAGUCGCCAUCUUUGACUACGAACCUCUGAAAGCUAAAACUGGUAUCGCCAGCAGAGCCAUCAGACCCACGCUGGGGAUCGUGGACCCAACGCACACGCUGAGCAUGCCCCAGCGAGUCGCUGCCAACAGCGGCUUUGACGUCCUCUGGUCAGUUUGUCCAACAUCUGUCUGUGACCAACAUCUGUCUUUGUCCAACAUCU